AUGGACACUGCCUUUUUUUUAGAAAGACGUCAAAAGUUGAUGUCCUCCACUGUACCUCAAUCACUUAUCACCUCAGAUGAUAGACAACGUUUCUCUUUUUAUAUUAGGAGUAGGAGUAGGAAUGAGAGCAGUAGUAGGAGUAGGAAUGAGAGCAGUAGUAGGAGUAGGAAUGAGAGCAGUAGUAGGAGAUGUAGUAGGAAUGAGAGCAUGAUAGUAGCCCUUGCUCUUGCUCUAGAAGCGGCAGUAUAUCUCGUUGCUCUUGCCAAUGCAUUACUUGCAGCAAUAGCAAUAGAAAGAGAGGUAGGAGUAGUUCUUGAUUUUACAGGAUUAAUUAUUAUCAUAUCGGAAACAGCAGCAGCAACGUUAUUGAUUGUUCUUCCGGCGGUAUUUUUUGUUGCUGUUCGUGUUCUUGUUUUAGAAGCAGCGGCUUUGGUAGUUUAA